AUGAUAAAUGCUUUUGCAUUUGCAAAAAUUAAUUCAGUUCCAUCAAAUGACCGGAUUUUAAAAUUCUAUGCACAGACAUUUACACUUUCACCAUUACAUAUGACCAAGGAAAUUUAUACAAGCUUAGCUAAAUAUUUGGAGUUAUGCUUUCUUUCUAGAGAAACCCAUAUUCCUACUGUUUCAACUGGUAUAGAUCUGACAAAUCCUAAUGUGACCCGCUUACUUAAAAAGGUUCGUCUUCUAAAUGAAUAUCAGAAAGAGGCUCCAUCUUUCUGGAUUCGCCACUCUGAGAAGUAUAUGGAAGAAAUUGUGGAGAGUACUUUGUCCUUAUUGUCAGUUAAACAUGAUCAAAGCCAUCUUGUCUCACAAAAGGUUUUGGAUCCAGUCUACUUUCUUGCAUUGGUUGAUACCAAGGCUGUGUGGUUCAAAAAGUGGAUGGUGUAG